CGAGCGGCGUGCCGUAAAGAAAACGGGAGAUUGGAAGGUAAAAGUAAUGUUGUCAUGGAGACAGAUGUAGCUUUGAGUAACAGUGUCAUAGCCCAGCGGCAACAAGCCCUACAGAAAUUUUCUGAUGUCAUAGAUUCAGCAAGCAAAAACCUUGAUGGAAUUUUGAAAGAAAUCGGAUGGAGUAUUGAAGAUCUUCAGAGCGAAGAAGCUGAGAUGGUAUGUCCUAUUAACCCACAUCAUAGAGUGGUUGAGUCCUCUCUUAUAGGUCAUGUUGAGAGAUGCAAGUGGGCAAAAGAUGGAUAUACCAAGGAAGAUAAGGAUCAUGCAGCAUCUUUGGAGGCCAAUAGCUUCUUCUAUGAAAAUAAAAAGGAUGUUCAUACAGUUGAGCUUGAUGUGAAUAGUCAGAGGGAAAUAAUGUCAAGAUUUGCCGGUCCAUCAAAUAGGACGUUCCCUCGGACAAUGGACCGUCUUGAUGUGGAGUUCAGCCCUGAUGAGAGACUAGCUAUCUAUGAGAAGGUUAGGGAGAAGAGUCAAAUUCAAACACAAGCUGACCUUGAUGACCUAGAGAUGAACUUUGACGCAAAUAAAAAAGAUGAAGAAGACAAGAAGGAGAAAGUGAAAACUCAUUCAGAGGUCCUAGCUGAGAUGAGAGACUACCGGCGACGCAGACAGAGCUAUAGAGCUAAGAAUGUCCACAUUACUAAGAAAACCAGAACUGAUAUCAUGAGGGAGAUAAUUGAAUCUCAUAUGAAGAUCUUUGAAGACUCUCCGAGUGCUGUCAAGAAGAAGAGGAAGACAAAAAACAUGAAAGAACUCACUCGAGAUCUAGAGAGGGUAGUACCUCCAGAGAUACAAGGGAUCAUCACCGACGUCGCCGAUCACGAAGCAGGGAUCGAAGCAGAAGAAGAGAUCGGAGCAGAUCACAAAGCAGAGAAAGCAAAUCACACCGUCAUAAGCAUCGUCAUCAUAGUAAACAUAAACAUAAAAGUAGACAUAGAUCACCAGCAAUGGAAGAUGAUGAUUGAUCAGUUGUAGAAUGGUUUCUAAAAAUAAUUUUUGAAUCUUUUAAAUCUUUCUUAAACAUCCCCUGGAGUGAAUCAAAGGUUUGGUGGUUAUUUUCCCUGAAUAUCAGUGUUGUGUCCAAGUCCAAGGCCAGGGCUGGAUCAUGAAAGGACAGGACCAAGGCUGGAUUACCCAAUGACACAGACAAAGCCUGAAUUUUGUGGAAUAGAAAAAAUAUGAAGCGCUUGUUUAGUUGUUAUAUGUAUAUGUGAAGUGUUGCUAAGUUAUCAUCAGUGCAGAUGC